GAAACUAAAUUUAGCCUUUUAGCUUAACUAUUAGCAAGCGAACGGUGUCAGAAUAUGUUUGACGCUUUUAAGCUUUACUUGAUAACCAUGGAGAUAUAUAGUUCGGAAAGUGAAUUCGGACCUUUUAUGAAUUUUAAUUAGUUUGGGUAAUGGUUCAUAACUUGUUUAAAUAUUAGGUGAAACUAGUCAUCGACCAUUUAGACCAUCUGGAUUUAGCUGUGUACGGUUACCUAGUAACAGUUUUGCUAGUACUAACAUGAUCCUCUCACGCGUGAAGCCAGCUGUGGGAGGAGAGACACCGGGGAACAACGGCGAUAAGAAGAGGAAAAACAAAAGCAAGGUUCUAAGUUUAGAAGAAUAUCUCCAACAGAGGGAUUAUCUCGGAGCCUUGACUCUGCUACAGUUUCAGAGAAGUACUGGAGAGAAAGAGGAGCAUGCUGACCUCUGGCUGGGCUACUGCGCCUUUCAUCUCGGGGAUUACAAGAGAGCCAUUGAGGAGUAUAAAUCUCUGACUGUGAAACCUGAUUGCCCUGCUGAGGUGUGGGUCUACCUGGGCUGUGCUCUGUUUUUUCUGGGUCUGUAUAAAGAUGCUGAGGAGGCUGCAUCAAAGGCGCCAAUGUCAGCCCUCCAGAACCGGCUUCUCUUUCACUUGGCUCACAAGUUCAACAAUGAAGAAAGACUCAUGGGGUUCCACCAGAACCUUCUGGAUGUAACCGAGGACCAGCUGAGCCUGGCAUCCAUGCACUACAUGCGCUCUCACUACCAGGAGGCCAUAGACAUCUAUAAACGCCUUCUGCUUCAGAACAGAGAUUUCCUGGCUCUAAAAGUGUACGUGGCUCUGUGUUACUACAAGCUGGACUACUACGAUGUGUCCCAGGAGGUGUUGGCUGUCUACCUGCAGAGAGUCCCUGACUCAACCAUCGCUCUCAAUCUCAAGGCUUGCAACCACUUCAGGCUGUACAAUGGCAAGGCAGCAGAGGCAGAGUUAAAUAACCUGAUGGACAUCUCCUCCUGCUCUUUUGAGUUUGCAAAGGAACUUAUUCAACAUAACCUGGUAGUGUUUCGUGGUGGGGUGGGGGCAUUGCAGGUGCUGCCUCCUCUGAUUGAUGUGAUCCCUGAAGCUAGACUCAACCUGGUCAUCUACUAUCUGAGGCAGGGUGACAUCCAGGAAGCUUACAACCUGAUUCGAGAUCUGGUUCCCACCUCAACUCAGGAGUACAUUUUGAAAGGAGUGGUAAAUGCAGCUCUCGGACAGGAAAUUGGCUCGAGGGAUCACUUGAAAAUUGCUCAGCAGUUCUUUCAGCUGGUCGGAGGCUCCGCUAGCGAAUGCGAUACCAUUCCUGGCAGACAGUGCAUGGCGUCCUGCUUUUUCCUCCUGAGACAAUUUGAAGAUGUUCUCGUUUAUCUCAGCUCUGUUAAGGGUUACUUUUGCAACGAUGAUACAUUCAGCUUCAACUACGCUCAGGCUAAAGCAGCACUUGGCAACUACAAAGAAGCAGAGGAGCUUUUUCUGCUGAUCCAAAGUGAAAAGAUCAUCAAUGACUAUAUUUACCUCAGCUGGCUGACACGAUGCUACAUAAUGAACCAGAAGAGUCAGCUUGCCUGGGAGCUGUAUUUGAAAAUGGACACAUCCUCAGACUCCUUUAGUCUGCUGCAGCUGAUCGCCAAUGACUGCUACAAGAUGGGCCAGUUCUAUUACGCUGCCAAAGCGUUUGAUGCACUGGAGAAGCUGGACCCGGGCUCUAAUUACUGGGAGGGCAAGAGAGGGGCAUGCAUUGGCAUGUUCCAACUCAUUCUGGCUAACAAGGAGCCCAAGGAGAUGCUUAAAGAAGUUUUGGCUCUCCUGCGAAAUUCUGGAAACCCUCAGGGUGAAUACUUCAUCCGGGUCAUGAGAAAGUGGGCCAAAGACAACAGAGUCCUCCUCUCCUGACGGCCUCAAAACAGAGUUCGAUUCUAAGUUUUAUCUACGACUACAGGAAACUUGGUCAUUUAUCUGGUGAAGUGUAAUGAUUUUGUUAUUUAUGUUGUGUAAAAAAAAAACGAUUACAUGUCUGUCUUUUUGCUAAAACAAUGUUAUUUCUAAUCUAAUACCUUUAAUCUAGAAUUAAACGUGUUUUACUUUAACAGUCUUAUAUCAAAGCAAAGAUUAUUCAAACAGCUCGCUGAGUAUUCUAUCGUAUCUGUGGACAAACUUACCAUUUGUCCAUCUGCUCUGCUUUUGUAUCAAAUCAAGUAAAGCACUGACCGCCAUCUUUGGUUUGAAAUAAACUCUUUAAAACAUUAUUAUUCUAUUCCUGCCACAUUUGGGAAAUGUCUGUUCUACCUGAACGGUAGAAUGGAUUUAUAUCAACAGUUAUAAUGAAAUGGAAAGGUAAAGGCAUUAGAUGUAUCGGGUUUAUAGUCCCCUCUGUGAAAUAAGUCGUACUCCUUUGUGUCCAUCAUAUGAUUCUCCCUUUUGUCUGUUACAGCUGAUUUCUUUAUUGCAUUUUCUGCUUCUUGUUUCGCGGCUCUUACAGUGUCUUCGAUUUGGUUCUUUCUCACACUCUUUUCUGUGUUCAGUUGUUCGUGUGGUGAGUUGGGGUCCGGUUUCUCAUAUGUACAUUUCAUCCCUGUUCACAAAAACAACCCAAAAAACAAUUUGACACAUUUGUAAACAAAAUCAGACAGAACAAAAACUUUACACAAAAGAACAAACCUUACAAUAUGGCACAACUGGUGGAACUGGUAGCAAACUCCACAUACUUCACAUAUGAUGAAGCAAUAUACAAACAACUGGAAGGCUUCCCCAUGGGUAACCUGUUCUCACCCACCCUUUGUGAGUUUUUCGUGGAGGACUUAGAACAAAAAGCCAUAGCGACCCCCCCCCCCUCAAGCUGCAAAAUAAAACUAUGGAAACGCUACGUGGACGACAUACUAGAAAUCAUACCAAGAGGACAAACCGGGACAAACGGACGCACUAACAGAGCACCUGAACAAUAUCAACAACACAAGAUAAAAUUUACACUGGAAGAAGAAAUAGAAGGCAGCCUAAUGUUCAUGGACAUGAAAAUGAGCAGACAAAGAGACGGGACCCUGAAUAUAAACACAUACAGGAAACCAACACAGACCAAUACUUAUUAUGGACACCAGAACACCCUACCAUACAUAAAAUGUCAGUGAUCAGAACAUUAUACGACCGAGCAAGCAUAAUAAAAGAAGAAUGAGAACGUAAACAAGAGGACCAACAUAUACGAAACGCUUUCCAGGAGCAAAGACAUAAAACAUUCAAAUCAAUGCGACAACAUACAACAGAUUUUAUAAUCAAAUGUAAAAUACACAAAUAAUAGAAGGUCUCCAGACUGUUGGACCUGGAUGACAUGACCAUAUAUUUUUUUCUCCAUCUACAAGCGCAUCUGCAUGUUUUAGGGUGUGUGUCUUGUGUUCAUUAAGCUGAUUGAGGAAGAUCUGCAAAUAAACAUCUCAAUUGCAAGUUUU